CCUGGCCAGCGCAGAUGUGCGGAAGGUUGGAGGCAGAAAGGAGUGAAAACAGCGUCAACUGUAAUGAGAUGGCUUGAACAAAUCCCAGUUGUUUUCGGAGAUCAGGGUAAACGUUUGAGGAGCAGCCAUGGCCUGUGCUCGUGUGCCUCUGGAUGAGCAACAGGUGACUGAGCCAGGCCCUAUAGGAAAGGAGCGCACUCUGCCUGCACUGCACCCUGACAGAAAGGAGGAGCGCUAUUUUGUGCCUUAUAGACCCCCCCCAGAAAAUGGCUCUCCCGCUGAGGUGGAAGAGUUUUUGGAACAUGCCAAAUUUAUAGCAGAAGAUAUGGAGUGGCUGCUGGCGCUGCCCCACGACAAGUUCUGGUGUCAGGUGGUGUUUGAUGAAUCCCUUCAGAAGUGUCUUGACUCCUACCUGCAUCAGGCUCCACGUGGCCUUGACCUUGCCACACUGCCGCUGUCGCCAGCUGUGGCUGAUGUGCAGCGCGCCGUCCACAAGGCCAUUUUCUUGACCUUCCUCCGGAUGGCCACGCAUAAAGAAUCAAAGGAUCACUUCUUCACCCCAGCUGUAUUUGGAGAGAUUAUCUAUGACAACUUCCUGUUUGACAUUCCUAAAAUUCUGGAUUUGUGUGUGCUCUUUGGAAAGGGCAACAGCCAGCUGCUUCAUAAAAUGAUUGAAAACAUUUUUACUCAGCAGCCAGCCUACUACAACGACCUGGAUGAGACGCUCCCCACAGUGUUACAGGUGUUUGAUACCAUCCUCGACAAAUGUGGUCUUCGGUGUGAAGGAGCCACGGCCAUGGAGCCAAUGAAGCUGAAUGCACAGAAACAGCCCACUGCCAUGAGCAUGAACCUGGAGGAACUUGGAGAUAUAAUUUUGUACCUGUGCGACUCGACCACCACAAUACAUGCCUUCCUGGACAUAUUCCCUGCCGCUUGCUCCAGCUUCCACUCCCAUGGUUUCCUCAGCAGGCUGCCACCGUUCUACGAGGCUGCAGUGCCAGACUUGGAGAAGGCCAUCAAAAAGAGAAACUUUGAUGAUAAAAGUCUGCAGGAAGACUUGUGGAAAAGGCUGAGUCACUCCUGCAGGAAGAUAGUGGAGACAUCUCACCUGUUGCUGCACCACACCUGCCUGCAGCCCAUCCUGGAAGGUCAAGAAAAUAUGCAAACUUUUGCAGAGGAACUUCUGCAAUAUUUCACAUCUUUUUUACCUGAGAAAAGGUUUUUGGUGGACUACGAUGAGCUAUUUCCCAUCGCAGACGACGUCAGCCUCCUACAACAAGCUCUACCUGUCAUUGAUGAGACAAGGACGUCUUAUUUACUCCAGGGGGUUGAAAGUGCCUGGGACAGCAUGGGUCGACAAAGACCGCUGGGCCACAUCCAGAGCGAGGGCGUUUCUUUAAUGUCGGCCAAUCAGGGAGCAGCAGGUGGAACUGCCGCCUCUUCAGACAGCUUCAGGGCUCCAGAGCUCCAAGAAUCAAGAGAAGGACAGAAGCUGAGAGGCGCUGAGGCUAUGAUGAACGUCCCACAGAAAGGAAACAACGGUGCCGUGUGUCCUGUGAGCGGGCCGGAGCUGGAGUCUCUCCUGUCCUGCAUCAGGGACCUGCUUCCUGACUUAGGUGAAGGCUUCCUGCUGGCGUGCCUGCAGGAAUACGACUACAACUCUGAGCUGGUGAUCAACAACAUCCUAGAAGACCGCUUGGCCCCCAACCUGGAAAAACUGGAUCGAGCUAUGCCAAGGCCGGUGAAAGAGGAGCUUCCAGCUCUUCUGAACAACCGAUCCAACGUGUUUGACGACGACGAGUUUGACGUCUUCCGCAGGGAUCAGGUCGACAUGUCCCGCAUCUGGAAGGGCAGGAGGAAAGGUGAGAAUGCUCGAGAGAUGCUGAACGACAAGCAGCACAUAGCGGAGCAGCGAGAUCGUUAUCGGACUUAUGAGACCGUGGUGGACGAAGUUGUCAUCGAACCGGGAGAGUCCGGUGCCGUCGCCUACGACUUGGACGAUUAUGACGACGAGUACGACGACACCUACGACAUGAACCAAGUUGGAGCAAACGAUCUGGAUGGAGACAGUUUACUGAACAGAAGGCCUUUUACGAUCCCACAGGUACUGAGAAAAGGAACCAAAGCAGAGGUUGAGGAGCAGGAACAGGACGAAGAUGAUGAUGACGAUGUUUCACAGAACAAUGUGAACCGGGACCAGUUUGUGCAGGACCCGGCUCUGCUGAGGGAGAGGGCGGAGGCUAGACGAGCUGCCAUGCAGCAGAAGAAAGGUUAUCACCCAGAGCGUCCCGGUAAUGUCGUGGGCCGACCCAAAGGACAAGGACAAACUCUGGAGACCUUCUUGGACCGACGCAAAAAGGAGGCCAAUAAAAACCGAGUGGGCAACCACAACCGGCGCAGCAUGGCAGACCGAAAGAGGAACAAAGGCAUGAUUCCCUCCUGACCUGAGUGAAGGUCCUGGUGGAAAGACUGAGAACCAGAGGAGGUCCGACUGACCGACUUGGUUCUGGUUUGAUGUUGGUGCCGAUCAGCCCUGAAGAAGCUGUGGAAGUCACCCCAAGUGUUUGGUAGUUCUCAAGAGGUUUCAUUUUAUUUUCACACCAUCUUAUAACAGUUUUAGCUUUACUUUACGUUAAAACUGCCAAGCAGCUUGUAGAAAUAUUUGGCAACAAACUCACCUGAUUUAGUUGAGCACUGAAACUUGAUUUUGAUUUCGUUCACGGAUAUGUUCUAAAUGUGAACCACCGACUGAUCACAAAAAAUGAGACCUUUAUUUUGCCAAGUAACAAAUGUUUAUUAUUACCAUCCAAAGAUAUUA